CAUUUCGUUUCCUAAUUCCGAACUCGUGUUGAUUUAGGCAAAAAUCAAGAAAUGUCGUCGUUUCGGUAGUCACGAACUGAACUCGCUCUGUUUGGGUAAUCACGAACCGAAAUCGCUCUGAUUCGGUAGUUACGAACCGAAAUCGCUUUGAUUCGGUAAUUACGAACCAAAACAUCAGGAAGAAGAAGGGACAUCGAUGGUCCUGGCAUGGCAGAAGAAGGAAAUUGAUUAAAUUGAAAAAUUGAAGGUGGAGUUAAAGAUGAAAUUGGUGAGAUUGAAGGUCGAGUCCUGCUUGGUGUUGUUGGUGCGUUUUUUGGGGGCUGAUUUGGCGAUGCAGGGGUUUUCUUUUCAAUAUGAGUUCCUUGAAUUCAAUUCAUGGUGAAUGAAUUGUUGAUAGUCCAUAUUGCUUCCAAAACUCCAUUUUGCUUCCUGAAAUUUGCUUCUGCUACAAUUGGUUGUUGUUUUAACAGUCAUAUGCAGUCCAUGCUCUGUUCCUCUUUCUUUCUUUCUUGGCAGCUCUUAUAUUGCUAAACAAUAAUCUCAUAAGAAGAAGCAACACAAACAUAAAAAGCUACACCACAGCAUGCCAUUCAUACAAGCAAAAAUCACAUAAAUUCAGUUUAGAGAAACCAAAAGCGCUUACAUUCCGUUUAUAGAACCCAAACGACUCCUUGACAGUUAAACCAUGAAAAUAUCAAAAAAUAAUCGGUUUAAAUUGAACUAUACUUCCUUUCUUCACCUUGAAUUGAAUUCAUGGAAGCAAUUCAUAAUUUCUUCACCAUGAAUUGAAUUCAUGGAAACAAUAAUAUUGUUCUGUUUUAUAUUCGUUCACAAAAACUACUCCUAAACAUAUGAUGUAUAGUUUGCACUUUGUUGAUGCCAUUACUGAUUGCACACUUCUAUGCAUUUUGUUUUGCAAUCCAUCAUUGCUAAGAUUGUUUGCUACUCUUUGUUUUGGGACUGUCUUCUUUGUUUUGGAUAGAGUUGGUAUGGUUAUGAAUGAGUUCAUAUGGACACAAUUAGUAAUUUCGGUUUCUACAAACCGAAGCAUUUUCGUCACGUAGUUACCGAACCAAAGUGUUUUCGUCUAUUAGCUACCGAAAUGGUUAUAUUUUUCUUUUCAAAAUGAACAUAUUUCGGUACGUUAAAACCGAAGUCGUGUUUUUUCCCCUUAUAGCUGCUAAGCAAGACAGUUUUUUACAGGGAAAUUAGUAUGUAACGCAUCUUCGGUUUCUAAAUACCGAAUGUAUUAUGAUUCGGUUCGUGAAAACCAAACCUGUUUGGAAGGGCAUUUUUGUCACAUUGGAGGGCCUUAGAGUAACAUAUGGGGGCCUAAAAAGUAAUUUUCAUCAACCUCAAGCAUGGUAAUGGGCCCAUUAAGCAAUAAAUGUGAGAAUUGCUUUUUACGCGCCCCUAUUUCUUCUUAUUGGUCCCGUCCUCCCUUUGUUAUAUUUUCUUUCCAAAAUUAAUACUCCUUUCCAAAAAAUCAUUGUUUCGAGGAAAGAACAACUAGAGAUUUUGGCCAAUUUUUACUUAUCAUUGUUUCUUCUUAUAUGUGGCCUUUCUUUCUUUUCUAGGGUUCGCAUUGAUUUUGAUUAUUGCUUUAUUACUCAAUUACGUACUCAACAAGUGACUCUCUCUACGAUCUUUGACUUCUCACAACCGCAAAUGGCUCGGCGUCGUCAAACUCAUAAACCCUUCAGUUUAGUUUUGAAGGGGACCAUGGCGGAGCUUUUGCGUGACGGUAUGUUCCAUUAUAUGGAACACGACUUUAAGAAUGCGAAAUUUACUUCUUUUGGCCAUGCUGACUUUAACCGUAUGAGGAGUAUCUUUGCUCGUAGGGAGAAAGUGACGUUUGAUGAGGAAACUGAGAAGGCUGAAAACCUGAAAGCUGAAAGACUAAAGAUGGAUGCUGAAAUUAAGGAGAAGGAAGCUGAAAGUCAAAACAAGGAUGCUCAACUUAAGGAGAAGGAAGCUGAAGUUCCGAUGAAGGAAGAUCAAGUUCUGAGGAAGGAAGUUGAAGUGAGGAGGAAGAAAGCUGCUGUUGUUCGAAGGCAGAAAGCUCUUGAUAUUCAAGAGCUCAGAGCUGAAGUUCGUAAGAAGAAAUCUGCUGAAAUUAAAAUGCUGAAAGCUGAAAUUCGAAAGCUGCAAGCUGAAAUUCGAAAGCUGAAAACUGAAAUUAGAAAGCUGCAAGCUGAAAUUCGAAAGCUGGAAACUGAAAUUCCAAAGCUGCAAGCUAAAAUUCCAAAGCUGAAAGCUAAAAUUCCAAAGCUGGAAGCUGCAAUUGAAAAGCAGAAAGUUGAUUUUGAUAAGUACAAAGAUCAAUUUGCUAACUACAAACUUAUAUAUGAAGCUAGAUUUAAAGCGUUAGAAGAUCAAAUCCCGCAGAAAGCUGAAAGUUCUAAAGCAGCAGCCGGAGAACAAAGUGUUGGAGGCAUUCCUUGAGGCUAUUUGUAUUGCAUUAGAAGAUGAUGUGUGAUUUGUAGGUUGUAUUCUAUCUCCCGUCAAAAUGUCAUUUGAUAUGUGGGUGUGUCAUUGAUUAGAAACCUUCUUGUGCCAUGUUUUCCUUUGGCCAAGUUAUAUUUAACCAUAUUCUUUUUUGUCACAUAUUGUUUAUUUUGAGCUUUUCCCUACAUGUACAAUUGUUCCUUUAGAUAUUCAUGAGAUUAAUAUGUGAAGAUGAGCCUGUAUAAGUUGGAAGUAUAUUUGCUGCACAUGUAUUAUGGGAAUCACUUUUCUGUUUUUGCUGAUCAGGUUCUUUUAGUGGUAAUGAAACAUCUAG